CAUUUCAAUACACCGACUCCGAUUGCCUUAUAAGGUGCGUAAAAAGUUUCUCUCGUGAAUCAACUGUAAUAUUUGUAGUCUAAAAUAACAAAAAUUAGUGAAGUAUUGAUGAGAAAAAAAUAAAACUAAGUUUAUUCGAGAUCAAAAUUUAAGUUCGAAAAAGCAAAAAAAAAAUGGAAGCCGCUAUACAACAAAAACUUUUUGAAGUUGCACAAAAAGUGGAGGAGCACCUCGAUUCGGAAAUAGAGCGACUGGAUAAAUUGGACAUCGAUGAUAUCGAAAAGUUGCGCGAGAAAAGACUCAAGGAAAUCAAAAAAAUACAGCACCAAAAACAAGUCUGGCUCUCUAUGGGCCAUGGAGAGUAUUCAGAACUCUCAGAUGAGAAAGAAUUUUUCGAAGUUUCCAAGAAAUCGAAAAACAUAGUCUGUCUCUUCUACAAAGAUGGCUCUCCUCGUUGCAAAAUCGCUGAUAUGCACUUGAAAAUAUUGGCAAAAAAGCAUGUGGAGGCUCGAUUUUGCAAAUUGAAUGUCGAACGGUGUCCCUUUUUAACAGAGCGACUCCGAAUAAAAAUAAUUCCAACGAUCGCUCUUUUCGCCGACAACAAAGCAAAAGACUACAUCGUCGGUUUCACCGAUCUGGGAAAUUGUGACGACUUCUCGACUGAAAUGAUGGAGUGGAGGAUCGCGCAAUCGGGCUGCAUUUCUUACAGCGGCGAUCUGGCGCAUCCACCCGAAACUGAGAAAAAAUCAUGGCUGAACCAGCAGUCAAAGUCAAAAACGAUCAGAGGCAGAAAGUCCGACGACUCGGAUUCAGAUUGAGUUUGAAAAUCGUUUUUUUUUUCACUACUUAAUUAUUAUUUAUUUAUUAAGAAGUUAAAUUCGCGCAUCUUUUUCUAUAGGAUUUGAUUUGCACGCUUUCUAAGUUUAGGACUUGUUGUUGAAACUUCAAGGAAAAAAUUGUUCGUGUUCUGUUUAUUUCAGAACUUAUAUUAUCAAAUUUAGAUCCUAUUUAUCAAAUGCAGUUGCUAUUUAUAAUCUACUGGGCUUUUAAUUUUUA